UCUCAGCCCAAAGCUUCGCUCAGGCACAGCCCAUUUUGGAGGAGCGGGGGACGCACAGCGACUUCGCCUUGUCCGUGUUGUUGUCAUCUCCGCCCCUAUCUGGUUAAACCACAGAGCCCGCUGGUCCUCCACGUCGUGAAAGGAGAGGGAUAUUUCGGCCGCAGAUUCCCGAGUGGACCCGUUAUGACUUCAGCUACUCCUCUUUUUCCUUCAUGAUGUCUUUUAAACACUGACCCGAUUUGAGCCAAUGUUGCUGCGACUGGUGCGCUCUGCACACGCGUGGGUCAUGCUCUGCACCUGACAGCCCCUCUGCAGACUUUUGAGUUUAGACUUGAACAGGAGGAAAACUUGACGUCGCCCUAACAAGUUAUCCACUGCUGCAGCCUGCGGACGCCCCCCACACGGACUGUUUUACACCAAAAUACAAAUCUUUCUCUCUUUCUUUUUUUUUUUACUCAUUUAAAGCUGCAUCACCGAGGCGAAACGGCGACCUCAGUCGAUUACCUUUCUUUCCUUUGCUAUCCCAUGGAUAUUCACUGCAAAGCAGACCCCUUCUCAGCGAUGCACCUAUCCCACGCAGGGCACGGCGGUGUGAACCAGCUCGGCGGGGUGUUUGUCAACGGCAGACCCCUCCCGGACGUGGUGAGGCAGCGGAUCGUAGAGCUGGCCCACCAGGGCGUCCGGCCCUGCGACAUCUCCAGACAGCUACGGGUCAGUCACGGCUGUGUCAGCAAAAUCCUCGGCAGGUACUAUGAAACCGGCAGUAUUAAACCCGGAGUCAUUGGCGGCUCCAAACCUAAAGUUGCAACUCCGAAAGUGGUGGAUAAAAUUGCAGAAUAUAAACGCCAGAACCCGACCAUGUUCGCUUGGGAGAUACGGGACCGGCUAUUGGCUGAGGGGGUCUGCGACAACGACACAGUCCCCAGCGUUUCCUCCAUCAACAGAAUUAUCCGCACCAAAGUCCAGCAGCAGUUCCACCCUUCCCCUGACGGAUCUGUUACGCCACUUUCCACGCCUGGCCACACUAUAGUACCCAGCACAGCCUCCCCCCCUGUGACCAGCGCCUCCAACGAUCCCGUAGGAUCCUAUUCCAUCAACGGCAUUCUGGGUAUCCCCCGCUCCAAUGGCGAGAAGAGGAAACGAGAAGAUGAUGGCUCUGAUGGCUCAGCCCCUGGCAGUGACUCUCAGGGCAGUGUGGAGAGUUUAAGGAAGCACCUGCGAGCAGACGCCUUCACCCAGCAGCAGCUGGAGGCCCUGGAUCGUGUGUUUGAACGUCCUUCUUACCCUGAUGUCUUCCCCACUUCAGAACACAUCAAACCUGAACAGGCAAAUGAGUACUCUCUCCCAUCGCUGAACGCUGGCCUGGAGGACGUAAAACCGAGCCUCUCCACCAGCGCAAGCUCCGACCUCGCCUCCAGUGUCUCCCAGAGUUACUCUGUUGUAACAGGUCGAGACAUGGCCAGUACCACCUUACCUGGCUACCCGCCGCAUGUCCCCCCCACAGGACAAGGCAGCUACCCCACCUCAACACUGGCUGGAAUGGUUCCUGGAGGGGACUUUUCUGGAAACCCUUACUCUCAUCCACAAUACACCACUUACAACGAAGCAUGGCGGGUCAGCAAUCCAGCAUUACUAAUGCCGCAUCCCGUGGCUCCGCCCCCCCCACUGCUGCCACUGCCUACGACCGCCCCCCCCCCCCCCCCCCCCGCCACUAGUUACCAUGGAGACCAGCUCAAACUGCAGGGCCAGGGCUUCGGCCUCCAUAUUGUCCCCGUCUGAGAAACACUGAGGUCAAAGGGCAGUGAGGUGGAAUUCCAAAGGAAACCCUGGGAUGCUCUGUGAUGUGAAGGAAGGAUCAGCGAGGUCGACACCGGUGCAUCAAGCACAGCUUCAGCGUUUCAUACUUUGGGUCAAAAAGGCCCGCGGGCUUUCAGAACCUACCCAUUAUGCCCUCACUCUCUCACAGGCCUGAACAUUUCGAGAACUGACUUUAAGAGAUUAUAUAAAUAUAUAUAUUAUAAAAUAUAAAUUGAAGAAAAACAGUGUGAUGAAUACCAUGUGGAAAAGAUGUUGUGGGAUUUUAUUUUUGUUUUUUGUUGCUGUUGUUGUUGUUGUUAUUUUAUUCAUGGAUCCUCACAUUCCUUUACAUAAUGGACUGCAGUAUUUUUCUGCUCUAAAGAGAAAAGUCCAGGGGAGACAAUGGUCCCAUAGCUUGAUGAUGCAGCAACUUGAAUCAGUGUUGUGGGGCCCCUCUGAUAUUUAAUGAGAUCCUGGCUCCAUAGUGAAGGGUGGGCUUUAUUCUGGUGCUUUGACUACAUCUUCUGCUCUCAUUUCUCCAGUCCCACCUACAGUAUCAGACAAAGACGACAUGUCCCAUGGCAUUUACUGACACUAAAUAGACUGAUUCCCUGUGGCAAACAAUCAGAUGUAAAAAUGUAAAUCAUUUUUCAAAGAAUUAAAAAUUGUAAUGACCAUGAACUCAAAAUGGUCUUGCCAGAAUUUUGAAUACUUAAAUUACUUACCUAAAUUAUUUUUUCUGACAGUUUUAAUCUAUAAGAAAGAUUUUUCAGAAGAGUUGUCACAGUUUACUCAUUUUCCAGUCAUGUCCAUGCCCAUGCAUGAUUAUUAUUUGCACUAUAAUCUCAUUUUAUUUGAUUUAUUCGGUACAUUCACUUAAAGUUAAGUCUAAUUAAUCCACCAAGUUAAAAUAUAAGUUAAAAAUAAUUGUUUUAGAUGUAUAAACAAAAGGCAGAGAGGCAUGCUUUUGAGUGAAUAUCAUUUUAAGAGUAAAAGUGAUAUGUUCACAAUUCUGAAGACAUUGUAAGUCAUAGCUCUUUGGCUACAUGAACAAAUUUCAAUUCUCCUGGGUUGUACAUCAUUCAGCUACUUAGUCAUACCACUAGAUGCCUACACAGUUUAGAAAGCUGCACACAGUUGGGAAAACCAACUGUAAAUUAGCUUCAACAAUUGCCUUACAAACAUGUAUUUUUUUUUCCAACCUAAAUUCAUGCCUGUUCAAUAAAGUUGACUACCUUUACAAGCACAUGUUCACUCCCCUCCUUGAGUUAUGUUCAACUCUCCAUAGGGCCUGAAACGAUACACUGAUUCAGUUCAGUUUUUUGGAAAAUAUUUUGUGAAUGUACUUUUAACUACAUUUGCCAAAGACUUAGUUUGAUAUUUAAUAUUUUAUUUACAGUAUAUGUAUGCAUAAAUAAAGCAGUAUUAUCUCUUAAGUAGUCAACACUGAACAUGUAUGUUGUGACUUUUCAACAGGCGAGCAACAUGAUGCUCAUGACUGUAAUGAAAAAGGUGAUAUUCAGUGACUCAAUAUUCCAACAGUUGCAACAAAUGCUGCUUUGUAGAAUGAUUUGUGAAUAAAUGUGAAGACAAUUCUUCUCUGUAAAUAAUAUCACACACACCAUUGCAGUAUCUACUAACGUACUGGCUCCCUUUGUAGAUAUACAGACUGAAAAAAAACAUGCAUUACAUUUGCAUCUUAAUGUAAUGUGUUCUGAGGAGAUGCACAGCUACUGUAUAACCUGUGGCUACAUCAGAGGCAGGUUUCUGACGCUAACAUCACAUAAGUUGUCUUUGUCAUUUUAUUUUAUGUCCAUGAUCUUGUCAUGAUGAUGUUUUAUGUCACUAUGCAAUGAGUUAAAUGGCUUUCUGUAUCAUCUUUUGUUGUUGGGCUCAGAAUGAGCAAUCCCAGUGGAGAACAGCAUAAAGGUUAGAAAGUACAUAAGAUGUAAAAUGGUUUCUCUCUGGUUUCACUUUUGUUCCAAAAAUUCCCUCAAACAAAUAUGUGAUCAAACUGAAGUUCUUGGCAACAAUCAAAGAUAUUGUCCUGUUUGUUGUUAGUAGAUGUCGUGAUCAUUAUGUUAACUCAAAUUAGUCCUCUGUGCCUCCAUGUAUAAAAACACAUCAACACUUAUUCCCGGCUGCCCAUCUCUCCUCCCUCUCUCCACGCUGCUCUUUUCUCACUCCCUCCACUCUCUCAGCACCGUGACCAAUACAACUCUUUAGCAUAAGGCAUCCAAGAUGAAAUUUACUUUAAUUCUACACAAGUAAAUACAUCUUCUGGUACCAGGGUUAACUGUCAUUGCUGAGGGCACCAGAAAACAUAGAGUCAGUCUGCAGUCCUGCUCUUCAACACAAGCUAUUCUCUACAAAUUGCACUUGGGAUUUGUCUAUUGCUGUCUACUUGUAGCUCAACAUAUCUGAAAAUGAAACGCUGGUGCAGAGUGCAGUUGGAGCCUUUGCUUUAGGAAGUGGAGCACCUCUGAAGGAAUGAGUCUUCUGCUGUUGUAAAGAUGAUACAGGAGAUGUGUCAUGGACAUAAAAAGGAUUUCUGAUGAAAAUCUAUACGGAAAGCCUUGUGGCCUCAAUCAUUGUUCUGUCUCAGUUCUGUUCCAAUUCUUUUUGUGCA